CACCACCAGAACACACACGCACAGAGUGAAAGAUAGAGCCAGAGAGAUAGAGAGCAGGCGAAAGGAAAGACGCUUAAGGUACAGAUCUCCAGCGGAGUGUGACGGGCGCACUCGUACCCGGACCCAGCGCCAGUAUUCCCUCGACGUGCCGCGUUCGCUCCGAUUGGCCGGGACUCGGAUGAUGCACUGACUGACUACGCCAUGGCCCGAGAGGCUCUGUGGAAAUACCCACAAUCCUCAGCUCUCUGAUUUACAGCAGAUUUAACUGCUGAUCAACAAACUCGAACCGAAACCUUUCUGUGUUCAGCUAUGAUGUCGGUCUGCGUCCCCUCGCCGCAUAGCUCCUCCCCUUCCAUGGACGUGGCCAACUGCAACAGUCCGGCUGUGACCCCGCCCACCUCCCUCAGCCUCCGCUCCUCCCACAACCAACUGCUCAGCGGCGAUGUCGCCAAUCAGGGCCAGGCCACUCCCCCCAAGUGUCGUAAGAAAUACGCUCUAAUGAGCAUCCAGAGUGCCAUGGGGCUCGGUGAAACCCCGGCACCGCCUCCAUCGUCGUCGUCAUCGGCGGCGGCGCCACCGUUGGCGUCGUCUCCCUCGUCCUCCAAUCCGAAGCUGGCGAAGAACGGCGCCAACCAGCUACGCAAAGCGGCCGAGCUGCAGGACCAAAACAGAAACUCGGCGAACGAAGACGGACAGGGAAACCCCGCGGCCGACGACGAGCUGGAAUGUAGCACGGACAGCCAGACGGAGCCGGACGACCUCGAGGGCAUCGGCGCGCCCGCCGACGAGGAGGCCAGCGAUGACGGCGACAGCGAGGAUCAGGUUCAGGACUCGGACCUGAACCCUUUCGAGGAGGAUCCGGAUGAGCUUCUCAUCCUAUCAGAAAACACCGAGCUGGACAGAAGAUCCCCGCAGCUCCGGAUGACCAAGAUCCUGGUGGAGUCGAACGUGGACGACCUUUCGCUGGACCGCACCUGCGAGGAGGAUGACGUCAGGCUUCCGUUGCUGACGCAGAAGAAUCUCAGCCCUCCGUUACAAAGGAAACAGCACAGCCCAGAGGACACGCCUCUGCUGUCUGUCGGCUCUUCAUCCUUAUCUUCCUCCCCCGAGACCAAGAAAGACAGGCCGCGGACCGGCGCCAAAACGGACCGCGCGCUCCAUCGGAUUCAGAACCUGCAGCCCAGUGAUGAGGAGUCCAGCUGGACCACGCUGUCCCAGGACAGCACGUCGCUGGGGUCACCUGAGGAAACCGAUAUCUGGGGGGAACCAUCGUUCCAGACGGACCCGGAUCUGCCUCCGGGAUGGAAGAUGAUGACCGACAUGGCUGGCAUUUAUUACUGGCACAUACCCACUGGCACCACGCAGUGGGAGAGACCAGGCCCGUGCCAACCCGCACCCACCGGCCCUCAGCACAAUACACGCAAACACUCGCUGGCUUCUCUUUCCCCUUCGCCCACUCCUGACGAGGUGUCUCAUGCAGAUGUGUUCUUUGAAGCAGCCUGUUGUUCGGGUAGCACCACCUCGGACAGCUCCACAGAUCCAGUACCAGCGCUCGCACCUGUGGGUCCCGACCCCGCCCCUGCCCCUCUUCUCUCCUCAAACUCCUCGUCUUCCUCCGAUGCCAAUGUUCCGAGCUGCGGUUUUGUCAACAGCUGCUACUUUCCUCGAUCCUCGUCGCUGCAGAUCACGACAGAGAAAGACAGAUACGCCGAGAGACGCCAUCGAGAGGAGGAGAGGAAACAGCCCUGGAGUGAGUUUGCAGUGGGAAAGAUUGAUAGUGAGAUUUGGAAGGACCUGCAGGCGGCUACCGUGAACCCUGACCCCAGCCUGAAGGAGUUUGAAGGCGCCACUCUUCGCUAUGCCUCCCUCAAGCUACGAAAUCCUGCUCCGGUUGAGGAAGACGACUCCAGCAGCAGUAACAGUGACCCUGAAGCCAAGUGUUUCGCGGUGCGCUCUCUAGGCUGGGUGGAAAUGGCCGAAGAGGACCUGGCACCAGGGAAGAGCAGCGUCGCUGUUAACAACUGCAUCCGCCAACUCUCCUACUGCAAGAACGACAUCAGAGACACGGUCGGGAUAUGGGGAGAGGGGAAGGACAUGUAUCUGGUUCUGGAGAACAACAUGCUAAACCUGGUCGAUCCGAUGGACCGCAGCGUCCUUCACUCUCAGCCAAUCGCGAGCAUCCGUGUGUGGGGAGUGGGCAGGGACAACGGCAGGGAUUUCGCCUACGUGGCUCGUGAUAAAAACACCCGGAUCUUAAAAUGUCACGUGUUUCGGUGUGACACGCCCGCCAAAGCCAUCGCCACCAGUCUGCAUGAAAUCUGCUCACGGAUCAUGGCAGAGCGGAAAAUUGCCAAAGCCAUGGCGGGAGGAUCGCUGCAGGACAGGAGCCACUCCGGACUUGACGUCCCACUGCAGGCAGAGUUCCCAACACCUAAAACCGAACUGGUGCAGAAGUUUCAGGUGUUGUACAUCGGCAUGAUGCCAGUAGCCAGACCUAUAGGCAUGGACAUCCUCAACGAUGCUGUGGACAGUCUGAUUGGAUCAUCAAACCGGGAUGACUGGAUCCCAGUGCUGCUCAACGUAGCCGACGCUACUGUCACGGUCAUGAAAGAAAAGGUGGAAGAGGAAGUCCUGGUGGAGUGCCGUGUGCGAUUCCUGUCCUUCAUGGGUGUAGGGAGGGACGUCCACUCGUUCGCCUUCAUCAUGGACACGGGCAACCAGCACUUUGAGUGUCACGUGUUCUGGUGUGAGCCCAACGCCGGCAGCGUGUCCGAGGCCGUGCAGGCUGCAUGUAUGUUGAGGUACCAGAAGUGUCUGGUGGCGCGUCCGCCGUCCCAGAGGUCCUGCUCUCAGGCUCCGCCCUCCGACUCGGUGACACGCCGCGUCUCCACCAGCGUGAAGCGCGGCGUCCUGUCGCUGAUCGACACGCUGAAGCAGAAGAGAUCCGUCAGCGAGCUGCCGCAGUAGCGCAAGCACACAGAGACUCGCGCGUCCGUUCAUUCAGCAUGCUCACACGCUCACACUCUUCCAUAUACACACACACACACACACACACACACACACACACACACACACACACCGCUCACGAUCCAUCUGUAGUCCGCGGCGCCGUGGCUCCGCCCCCCCCCGGGCGUCGGCCCUCUCGUUAUGUGCUAACGUGCAUGGAGGAGCCGCAUCUCUUUAGCAUGUCACAAGCGAUCAAACAUCCCCGCGAGUGUGUGAACCGUAGAGAACGAGGGAGUGUAACGCCGCCGCUCAUCAGAACUUCACCCAGCAUGCACUUUUACUUCUUCCUGUGUCAAAAAGACGGAACCAGAGGAGGACGUACAGACGGAUGGACGAUUAAACAAAAAGCUGAGUUAGAGUGAGUGUAUACAGAUCAAAGCUUUCACCAAAAAGCAAUGAGCCGGUUUCUGUUCCCCCGAGUUCGAGAGGAACGCAGACGUGGACUCGUCUGAUCAGAGUCGACGUGUGGAUGUGAGAUUUUUUAUUGCCUCUGUUAAGAUGCCUUUUGUCUCUAUGAAGCCGGGACUUCUCGAUGGACCUCACGAUGCCAGUAUGCUGGUCGGUUCGUCGCCCAGGAUCGGAGCAGAGAGCGUUCCAGUCGAGAGCUUGUACUGGACAUGAACCUGUGCUCUGAAGCACACAAAAGAUGAGCCUUGAAGCUUCCUAAAGCACCCGUGAAAACAAUACUCCCACCUAGGGGAACGUCGAAAACCCAGAUAGUGAACAGGACAGUCUGAGGAACAAAACCCGUCCGGUCGCCAGGAGUCGGAAUGAACGCGGCGCUGAUUUGAAAUCGUUUCCUUGUACUGAGGAGACAGAAAACUGGAAACCUGUUCACACACACGGCUCACUUUUCUUAAUGGAGGUGGUUCAGGGAGGUUGGUUGGGUCGGUAGUCAAACGUUUAUGCAGUUUUGUGAACAGUCGACGUCCUGGACGUCCAGUCCGGCAGCGCCCCAUACACACAUAUGGAAAAAAGUAUUGGGACACCACUUUUGAUGAUUUAAUUAAUGUGUUUUAGCCACUGAAAUUAUUCAUUAUUAUUAUUAAGGAAAUUAUAAAAUGCUCCCUCGGUUUGAAUCUCGGCUCUGCCACCGGUUGGCUGGGCGCCAUCUAGCGCGCACCACUGACAUUGCCGUCAGCAGACAAUGGGUGUGUUUGAAAACCCAGUGAGCUGCCUUGCUGUCUUACUGCCUACACAGGCAGCUGCCUCAGUAGAGACGAUUCUAAUAAGUCAAUGACUUAUAAGUCGGGUUAUUCGAACGUCCUACUUAAGACAGCGAUUCCAUCGGGUCAGCUCGCUAGCAUGUCACCUAACAUCUCCCUUCGAAAGCGGUUAAAUUAGCUGACAAGCCCGAACUUGCAAAUAAAAACACUUGUGCAAGUUUAUACAAAUAAAAAAUCUAUAAUUUUUUAUUUACGUUUGAAAAUAAAUCUUUUUCUCCGCACCGUCAGCCAUGUUUUUUUUUUUUUCUGUGAGAGAAGAGCUGCCGCACUGAAUGCUGGGAUUGCCUUGAUCACUAAGGACGCUUCCGAUGCUCACUCGUUCUUGAGUCAAAAUAACAUUGAAAUUUUAAGAUGCCUAACUAGACAGCCUAUUAAGGCAUCUAGGAUUUGGAACAGCCUCCUUCUCGGGAGCGCGCGUAGAAAUAUGUAAAAUGUGUCUAUGUAGAGAGAUCACCAGCUUUUUGAACACACCCAAUAAUUGGCCACCAUGUCUGCUGGACACGGGUUGGAUCUUCAAACGCUGUGUAAGGACCUUGAUUAGCAGAUAACGAGGCACCUGAGCGAAAAAGGGUUUCGCUAAGGACUGCACAUGGGUCGGAGCAGCAAUAUACCCACCUUGAAUGCGAUCAGGGAUCCCCCAGCAGCGGAAGACAGAUCUCCCAAGAAAAAGGGGAGAAAAUGCGUAAAUAAAUAGAUAAAAAAAUGACACAAAUGUGUUAAACAUGGCAUUAAAAUGUAAAUAAAUCAAUAAAUACAAUGGAAAUUAUAUUUCAGCAGGUUUGGAACUAACUGAAACAUUAGGCUUUCUUGACCAACAUCAGCGCCCAGCCAUACAAAUACUGUCAUGCCCACAGACGUAUUCAAAGUCUCGCACAGAGGUCGCUCUGUUUUAGUUUUGACAAACUCAUGGUCAGGUGUCCGGACACUUUUGGUCAUAUAGUGUGUGUGUGAAUCCGUGGACGAUGAGUGGCGCUGAUUUCACACAGGUUUUCUGUUCUUUUGCUCAGUAGAGAGAAACGUGGGAGACCUGGUCUUUUUUAAAAUGAACUCGUGUGAACUGGCCGGGGUUUGUAGUUCCUCCGUCCGUGUCGGCUGUGGUCCUGAUGUUGCUGUGCGUCUCACAGUGGGGUUGGAACAGUCACUUAUGUGUACAGUAUCUAUAUUAUAUAUGAUAUAAAUAUAUAUAAAUAUAAAUCACCCUGCAAAUGCACAUCACAUUAUAAGCUAUCUUUUUUACUUUCCGAUCCUGAGAUCCUUUUAUUUUGCCAUAGUUAUUUUUUUAUAUGAUUUCGCCUCGACGUGUCUCACGAUCACGUUCUGGCCGGAGCGUCGGUGUAUUAACCAGCAGACAUGCAGAGACGAGAGAACGAGGGCGAAAGAAAGAUGAAUUCGUGCGAAGUGUCUAAUCUAUGCAUUCUUCUAGAUCCGAGGACGAUUCGAGGAUAAAAGGACGCCUCGCCUUGCGUGUCCCAGGACAGUUCCAGAUAAAAAAGAUAACAGACUGAAAUGAAAAGAUAUUUUUAUUUUAUUUAUUUGAUUUUAUAUGGUAUGUAACGGUUUCGCUGUAAUCUAUUCUAUGCUUGCGUGUUCUCUUCACCGUGCCUCACUCCACAGAUCACGCCGUAGUUCUGAAGAUAAACAAAAGAAGAAGAAACUAUUGAAUCCAAAAACCUGUACAGUCCACAUUCACUCACAGAUCUGUCCUGCUCAUUACUUGGUGUGCUGUCAUUUUGUGUCCAAUACUAUGAAGGAAACGAAUAUUCAACUGCUUUUGUUUGUUCAGCACAUUAAUUCCCUUUAAGACUCCUUUCCAGUCUUCGGACGCCUCGACCAGGCAGCAGAGUCGGCCAGGACAGAGAGUCCAGGCACAGCCAAAUGGGACUGUUCGGACACCCGGGCAGGUCAAUCGAACCGUCAGGGAUUCUAGUGUAAGAGCUGGAGAUGUCAGGAGUGGUGGCUAGCACAUUAGAUCUAGCUCGAGCAGCCUGACGUCGUACUUUUUAAUAUAAACAAAAAUUCAUAAACAUGAAUAAAUGUUUUCAGAAGUAUUCAGACGUCACUAAUUGUUAAACCUUAGUGUCAUGCAGCGAAGUUAUUGUUGGCAAUUCAACAAAUUCCAGACGUCUACAGUAAAAAAUAACAGUUUGUUUGCAGCAUUGUGGUUCAUUACUCUUGGUAAGUUGCCCAUUAAUGCUCCAGAGAUAUGAAGGUCCCUCUGAUGGACCAGAUGCAGUUUCCUAAUGCAGGGUUUUUCCAAUUUUUUUUCAAGCGGCCCACAUUUUGUCCAAGCAAUACAUUUUACUCUUUGUGGUUUACAAAUAUGUAACAUAAAGCCUCCACAAGGGGGCAUUUGUGUACAAGUUUAUUUAAUUAUUAUUAUUUUUCUCUGCAACACGUUUUCAUCUACUUAAAAAAAAAACCCUGUCCUAAUGCAACACUCCUGUUUAUAUCUGGGCCUGGAAUUUGCACUAAAAUUGCAUUGACAAGUGCGCAGCCCAAUGGCUAGGUUGUUUCGGCCAUCCUCUCCUUUCCGGACGUUACCCAGUAAAGUCCAUGCGAGCACCAGAUUGGCCGAUAGCACCGCUAAUUUGAACCCUGGAUCCCCAGAUCUCAACAGUAGUGGGUUAGCGUACCUGUCACUGUGCCAACUGAGCGCCCUGCACUGGAACUAUAUAACUGAACAAAAACUGAAGUGGUUGAAUACUUGUUUUCCUUUAGUGUAUUAUCACCUGUUCGUUUGUGGAUUAGUUUUUUGGCGGGAGGUCACCCUCAUAUUCUUUUUUUGCUCAUAUUACAGUUUUCCAAACUGCACCAUGUUUAACUCGUGUAGAUUUGUGUUGUGCAUCUGAGAAACGUUCAGCAGCAGAUCAGAGGAACACGUGGCUCACAGGUUAAAGCACUGGACUCAUAAGUAAGAGGAAGGUUGUAAAUUAAGGUCCCACCACACCCUUGAGAAAGGCCCCAACACUGAUUUGCUUAGAAUGUAUCCUUUUCUUGAGUAGGUGCUUGUCAAAUGUGAUGCAAAAUGUAAACCUGCAUUAUUUAAACGGAGCUGAAUUUUAAAUAAGACGCCUGUAGGAGUCACGAGUCUGUAAUGAUCACGUCUCUCCUUUCAGUUCUGUCUAUUUUCUUUUAAUUUCCUCAGUUUCAGACUGGUUUCCAGUCUCUAAUUGGCUGGAGACUGAGAGAAAAUGACUGACUGGGGAGAUUCACAUUAGAUUCAUAUUAUUAGUUUUGUACUGCCGAGCUGACCAGUGGCUUUCUUCAGAUCACAUACAUGUGGUAUAAAACUCAGCUUCAACACGCUCACCUUCAUUCUGGUGGAAACAAUGGCUUCUUCUACUCUACACGACUUUGUACCCAUACUAAAUGUAACCUGUUGUGAGAAUAAACAGCAUUAGAACACAAA